UCACUCAGCAGCUAUUAGGGGAGGAUGGGCGCUGAUUGGUGUCUCGUGGGCGGGAAUCGGGCGGCCAGGGAACCUAAGAUAGGGUGGAAGAAGCUGGAAAAACAGAAAUGGCUGUCCUAAGAAUUUCCUGCCUCCGACCUAAAAUUAGUUCGAGGACCCGAGAACGGUGUCAUGGUUCCAACUCCUGUAGUAUUCCCAGGGUCAAAUUUUUGGCAAGCAAUAGACAAUGGAUUCCCAGGGGCCCAGCUCUAACAUAUAAAGAUGGAUAAUCCUGAAGAUGAAAUUGGAGCCUCUUUCUUGGCAUCAGAAUCUUACAUAGUCGACAGCCAUGUUGGUCACGGGCACCAGCAUGAAGAUGAUGAGAAAGAUGAUGUGCCUCAUGUUUUGCGUGAGCAGGACAGAUUUUUACCCAUUGCAAACAUUGCAAGGAUAAUGAAGAAGGGCAUCCCGAGGACAGGCAAGGUAAGUGGCUAUAAGAUUGCCAAAGAUGCCCGAGAGUGUGUGCAAGAAUGUGUAAGCGAAUUCAUAAGUUUUGUGACAAGUGAAGCCUCAGACCGCUGUCAUCAGGAAAAGAGAAAGACCAUAAAUGGAGAAGAUAUCCUUUGGGCAAUGAAUGCAUUAGGAUUUGAGAAUUAUGUUGAACCACUGAAGAUAUACCUGCAGAAGUUCCGUGAGUCAACCAAAGGUGAUAAGCCUAUGGAUGGUUCAUUAGAUGGAACUUAUCAAGUAGAUUUUACAAACAAUAUGACGAGUUUCACAUCGGAUCAUGUCAACCAGUCGGAAAUAGUCUGCACCUACGGCCCAGGUGGUCAAGUUACCGAACAGUUCACUCUAGGCUAAAUUUUACUAAUUUUAGUCCAUGCGUGCAUUGUAAGUGUGGUCAAGUGUGUUUCUUUUGGUUUGUGUGAGUGCAUGAAUAUCUACUGUGUGUGUAUGUGUGUGUGUGUUAAAAGCACAAAAGUACAGUUUUUAUGAAUGAAUAAGUGCAUACAUUCACAAGUAAUAGUAUGACAAGACUUUUUCAGGCUUCUGAAUUGUGAAUUUUUAUUUAAGAAUCCUGUCGAUUCAAAAAAAACAUUAGCAUUGAUGAUUUGAUUUUAGGGGAAAAGUGUUGCAUAGACUGGGUUUGUCAUAAUUUAUGCAUGUGUAGCAAUUGGUAUGUCUUAAAUAAUGAUCAAGUAUAUGGGUCAAAAGGUUAAUAAGCAAAAUAAACAAUUUUUGUUAUAAUUCUGAUCUUUUUACUCAACUAUUAGUGACCUGGUAGUACUAAAGUAGUAAAUGUAUCUGUUCAUGUGUCAGUGCAUCUGUGCAUAAUGAAAGGAAAAUUGGGUUUUUCAUAAUUUUCCCUGUCCAAGAUGUUUGUAGAAGUUUUUGAACUGAAGAUGAAAGUUUUUAUAUAGGCCAUAUGGCCAUAUGGCCAGGCAAAGUUCAUUUGAAGAAAGUUCCAGUGUACAGUUAAGAAUUUAUUCCCUGGGUCAUUUGCUAACCUACAUUGUGAACAGCUUUUCCUAACUUAUUGAAUACACACUUAAAGUGCUAUACUUCAUUCAAUUUUUCUUAAAGUAUGCUAAUUUUAAAUUUUUUUGUAAUGUUUAGUGUAUCAAUAAUGCUGAACACGAAUCAGGGUACGGUAGAUUUUGGGGUGGAGAAAUUUUCAAAUAGGCAUCAUGUUUUGACAGUUUUUGAGACUACCUCAGCGUGGAUGUGAAAUCUAGAUGUUCUGAAAUGUCUUGAUUGAUUUUCCGUGGAGUAUCAACAAUUAAGUUUGAUACAGUAAAAUAAAUUCCUGAAAUUAGACCUUGUUGGCAUUUAAGUAACUGGUGCAUUAUCAACCUCCAGAAAUUCUUCUCUAUUUCAUUCUGACACAGACAAAGUCGUCAUUGGUUACAGUCUUAUUUAAAAAGAGUGGCAUCACUUAUCAAGGGUAUGAUGGUUGGCAGACAGGAUAAAAUCCAUCUCUGGAAUGAAUCUUAUUCCAGUCAGGAUGCAAAAGCUUUGCAAUAUAAGCAAGUUAAGAAAUUUUGAUGGAGCUGGUUUGUUUCGUAAGUGAAUUGGAAUUUCACUUAACUAGUUUUGUUCUGUAAGCCUGCAAAAAAUAAAUUUUAUUAAGUAACUACUUCUAAUUUUUUUAUAUUUAUAUUUUAUAUUUAUAUUUUAAGCUUAUUUGGUAACAUUCCGAUGUGCUUUAUAACAUUUUGGCCUCUGUUCUGUUAAGUAGGAAUCUUGAGUUUCUGCAGACUCCUUUUGCAGUUUGUCAUUGUACUUUUAAAUUGUUCAUUUUGUUCUUAGGUUCAGUUUAUUAUGCAUAGUAUGUAAAUUUGACAUUAGGUUUAUUUUUCAUAGAUAAAGUAAUAGUUUUACCUUGGAUUUUGUAGCACUGUAGAGCUUGGUUGGUGAGUCAAGGACAGGCAGGGUAAGUUGCUUUUAACACAAAGGACUGUCAGAGGUACAUUGCAAGCUAAAAAAAAUUUUUUUUUCUUAAUUACGGUGUUUAACUUUGCCAGUCUUCGUGUGUGGCAGGAAUAUUUUGAAAUAGUUCAUAUCAAAAUGAUUUUAUUUGACUGUACUGCAAUGUUGAACUUUGGUAAAAAAAAAAAAAAAAAAAUUCUAUUGAUGAAAACUUACACAUUGUGAUAGUAGGUUUUAGGUUUUGUGGAGACGCAUCCUAAGUAAAGCAGUGCAUCUCUUUAAUUCGUAACCAUAGAUUUUGUGGUUUAAAUAGUUGUCCCUGUCAAUCUCUUCAGCAUUUAAGGUUGUAAGCAAGGCAUCCACCUUGGGCUACGGGGUUAGUUUUAAGAGGGAGUACCGUAAGGUUCUUUGUAUGGUGUUGGUUGUAGAUAAAUGUUAAAUGUCAGAAUUGAAACUUUUUCAUUCAUCAGCUCAGGGACUGGAUUUCCAUUCUGUCUUAAAUUAUGCAUUUAGACCAUGAUCGAGAGUGUAUAAAUUAUUUCAGUUAAACCUGACGUUCUGACUAAAUUGUAUUUUUUCUUCUAAAAUGUAGAAAAUUGCACCCUUUUUGGUAAUAGAUACAUGGAAAUAACAUUUCCAAAUCAACAUGCUGUGUGAUGUAUUGUAAGAAUUUUCCUUUUUCAUUAAAGAUUCAUACAAUUC